AUGGAGAAGACCUUCAAAGUCAUAAUAAUUGGCGGAGGUCCGGUUGGACUGACAGCUGCACAUGCACUUCAUCACGCAGGGAUUGAUUUCAUCGUUUUGGAAGGCAGAUCCGCCAUCGUUGAAGACAAAGGUGCUAGCCUGGUGGUUUACCCUCACACCUUCCGCGUCAUGCACCAGUUCGACCUCCUGGAGGCGCUACUCUCCGUAGGCGGCGAACUGAACCACCAUCUGUCUUUUACUUCUGACGGACAUGUUUUUAACGAGGGCGCAAGAUAUGAGCGCAUACGCGAGAACCACGGCCAUGGACCUGUUGUUCUCCACCGGGCAGAGGUAAUCGAAAUCUUGUACAAAGGCCUUCCAGCUACCACCAAGUCGAAUAUAUUGACCAACAAGAAACUAGUCGACAUUGUUUCCCACAAAAAUGGCGUCGAUGUGAUUUGUGCAGAUGGCAGCACCUAUCACGGAUCUAUACUCAUCGGAGCUGACGGCGUCCACAGCAAAACCCGGAACCUGAUGAGAGAUAUUGCCCUGGAUGAGGACCCCUCACGAGCCUGGGACCCAGUGCAACCAUUUACAUCCUCCUACCAGCUCUUGUACGGGGCAUUCCCUGCUCCUUCGUCGUCCGGUCAGGGGUAUGAUGUCCAAGCAAAGGGAAAGGCAAUCAUGUAUCUCAGCGGGCCAAAACGAGCUUGGUUCUUCUUGUACAAAAAGCUACCGCGACCUACGACAGAGCGGAGACAAUAUAGCGAGGAUGAUAUCGAGACACUCGCCCAGGAGUUUGCCGGAUUUCCCCUGACCCAGACAGUGAAAGUGAAAGAUGUCUGGCCACACAUGCUAGGAGCCGGAAUGACGAAUCUCGAAGAGGGAAUCGCGCAGCACUGGUAUCUGGGGCGGAUUGUGCUCGUGGGAGAUGCAUGCCACAAGAUGACGACCCAUCUCGGGCAUGGAUUCAACAAUGGGGUUCAGGAUAUCAUUGUGCUUUGUAAUGAGCUUCGACGGGCUGUACAGAUGCCGCCUAGCAAGAACCCGGAUAUCUCGACUCUGACGGAAGUGUUUGAGGCAUAUGAGAAGACACGAAAGAGCCGGGCAUGUUCGCUUGUUGCUGAUGUUGCGAAUGCGGGGUUGGAGACACGUAUGCAUGCUUGGGAGAAUAUAUGUUAUUAUGGACUCUCUCGGUAUCUGAGCACUCCGAGGUGUGUGGAGAGUGUGGCUGUGAACUGGCUUAUCUCUCCGGAGCUGCGCAAGGGUCGGGUGUUGGAGUAUAUCCCGAUGGAGGAGGUGAUGAGGGGGAGGAUGAGUUGGGUGUAUCCGAUGAAUGAAUAA